GCAGCAAAAAUGAUGGUACUCUUACUUCUACCGAUUCCAAGAUACUGGUAGUACCAGGUACAUCAGAAAAGAAACAGUUAACUCUGAAGGAAACAACUGAAAGGAAAUUGUUAUGGGAUAUUAAUGAUCUGAAAUCAAUAAAAUAUCAUUAUUUAAUCGGUGAAAUGAUUGCCUUAGACAACGAACCAUUAUCACUUGUUGAACGAGUCGGCUUUAAAAGGCUUAUGGAAAAGGCAGUACCUCAAUACAAUAUACCUGGUCGCACUUACAUGACCGAGAAAAUUAUUCCUGAUAUAUAUAAUAGAAUUUGCUAUAAAAUUGAAUCUAGUAUUUCACGAGCAACAGCAGUAUCAGUGACAUCUGAUAUGUGGACAUGUCAGCACAAUAACCAGAGUUUCUUGAGUUUCACUGUGCAUUGGAUAUCUCCAGAGUUUAUUCUUGAACAUGGUGUUUUAGCAAUGAAGCCAUUUUCUGGCUCACAUACUGGUACCAAUAUCGCAAAAGAACUCAAUGCUAUUGCAGAAAGAUGGAAUAUUCCUCAUAGCAAGAUCCAUUUACUUGUCCAUGACAGUGGAGCCAAUAUGAUAAAAGGUGUACGAGACGCAGAAUAUGAUUCUGCCAAUUGUUUUAUUCAUUCACUGCAACGAGCUGUCAAGGAAUCGCUAAAGUCUCAAACGGAAAUAACACAGAUGGUAGUUGCUGCGAGACGAAUUGUUACCCAUUUUAACCACUCUGGUAUAGCACAAGAAAAGCUGAAAUGCAUUCGCCAAGAACUUAACUUGCCAAACCACCAACUAGUACAGGAUGUAAGCACACGCUGGAAUUCUACAUAUUAUUUAAUGGAGCGAUUAUUAGAACAAAAGCGAGCUGUUUCUUUGUACAUAACUGAUCACGAGUCUUUAAACAAUUUAACACCUUCUCAGUGGGAGCUAAUGGAACAAUGUAUCAAACUUCUCAAACCAUUUGAAGAGAUUACGAAAAUAACCAGCUCAGGUAUUUCCUGCAUCUCUGAAGUGAUUCCACAUGUUGUCACAUUGUUGAAAUACCUGGGAAAGGAAGAGACUGCAGAUAGAACACCAAAUUUAUUGAGAAUGAGAUCUUCACUACAAGUUGAGCUUGAAACACGGUUCAACUUUGAUGAGAAUGACAAAUAUCUGGUUGCCACUUUUCUUGACCCGCGUUUCAAAACCAGUUUCCUGGGAUUAGUUCAAACGCAAAGAGCAAAACAAAAAAUUCUUUUAGAAGCUCUGAAAAUUAGUCAUGACGAGUCUACUAGUACGGGUGAUUCUUCUCCAUUUCGUAAGAAAAGAAAUAUCAAUGAAAAUGAUAAAACCAUUGAAAUACACGACAGUUUUUGA